UAGUAUAGAAGGUAAGACAAAGAGUAGAAUACCAAUGGACUACUAAUGAUUUUUUUAGAGACUAAUUGAAAUAAUACGUACCUAAGGAGAAAAAUUUAAGAGAAGAAAAAUAAUUUUGCCAAAGUCAAGCAAACCGUUGAAUCAUGAAAGCGUGGAGGAAUUUAGUAGCCACCGUAAUGUGGAAACAUGUUUUAACUUUCAACCAAAAAGAAAUAUUGACGUCAGAAGUCGAGCUUGUGAGGUCAGGGUGGUCACUUCCUUCAUUACAUCAUUUUGUGCCUCUCCCCUAUAUAUACACUUCUCUAGCUAUUUUCCCCACCAAAAAGCACUUCACCUCUCAAAGACUCUACUUACACAUUUGUCAUUUUCUUCCCCCAUAAUUCACGAUUUGAUCGAUUAAAAACAUUAGACCUUAGUAGAUAUGGAGAGUAAUGGUGACGCUUCUGCCGCUACCACUCCAAUCAUCUCUUCUUCAUCUUCUCCUCCACCACGGCUCUCACCGCGGGUGGUGCUCAGCCCAUGCGCUGCUUGCAAAAUCUUAAGGCGGCGUUGCGCAGAGAAAUGUGUUUUGGCGCCGUACUUCCCUCCAACGGAUCCGGCCAAGUUCACCAUCGCCCACCGUGUCUUUGGAGCCAGCAACAUCAUUAAGUUCUUGCAGGAACUUCCAGAAUCACAAAGAACUGAUGCGGUGAAAAGUAUGGUGUAUGAAGCGGAAGCAAGAAUAAGAGAUCCGGUGUAUGGAAGUGCGGGUGCAAUAUACAAUCUACAAAGACAAGUGAGUGAACUCCAAGCAGAGCUUGCAAAAGCUCAGGUGGAGAUGGUGAAUAUGCAACUUCAAAGAUCAAAUUUACUGGAGUUGAUUUAUAAUAACAUGGAGCAAGUACAGAAACAAGAACAAGAUAAUAUGUCUUUUGAGAGCAAUGAUUUGGGAUUCCUUGAAGACAACUCCAACACCAACACAUCAAUGUUGUGGUGGGAUCCUCUUUGGACCUGAUGAAUUUUGAUUACUUCACUUUAAAAGCCCUCUCUACUACUUUCUUUACGCAGGAUUAGCACACAAAAAUGUAAUAUAUACGGAGAAUUUUUAGACAAUUCAUGUCCAUUAUUUAAACCUCCAAAAUAAUUACUAUAUUUUAUUAA